UGGUAGUAGAAGACCUCCAUCACAUACAAGAAUAGACUUCCAACUAUGUAUUAUCUUGCAACAAAUUCACUCUAUGAAUACUAUAUUCGAAGUCCCUAGAAGUGUAUAUUCAUUUACCGAGGCCACAAAAUAGACUUGCAUGAAUUAGAAUCAUCAAUAAUACAACUUCUUCAAAAUUUUCAAGUUUGAGCAAUUUGUAACAUUAAACAUAUUUUUUUUGAAAUAUAAGCAUUGUUUCAAAGCUUGAGCAAAAAAGCAAAAAUAAGCGUUAUAGAUGGUACUAUGUUUAAAAGGUUGAUGAAUUUGGUUUAAAAAGUAAAAAUGAGAACGACUUUCAAGGAUAUCUUCGAUUUUUGUUUGAGUUUUCAGUGAUUGUUAAGUGAGUGUGGUUAGUGGACCACCAUAGCAUACGAUUUGAUAAGAUGAGAAUUAAAUGAGGUAGGAAAAAUACAUUGAUUUUAUUUUAUCGGAAGUUUCAUAUAAAUUCUCUUUUAUAAUAAUUAAAAAGGUGACAUAAGUUUACCAUGCAGUUUCCUUGUCACUACUUCGAUAUAGCUAGAUUAGUUUCAUUUUCGUAGUAGACACCUCAAAGGACAAAACAAUUUCAUGCAUUAGCUACAAAAUCUUACCCUGUAACCUAACAAGUUAAGUACUUCUUAAUUUGUUACAACCUUGUCUAAAUGACCACAACAACUAGUUGUUCCACUAGAAUUUUCACACUCUUGUUGAUUAUUUCUUUUUUCCAUCAUGGUGCUUUUACUCUUUCCUCUGAUGGGUUGACUCUUUUGUCACUUUUGACACAUUGGACUUUUGUUCCUACUCUCAUCAGCUCUACUUGGAAUGCUUCUGAUUCCACUCCAUGUUCAUGGAUUGGUGUUGAAUGCGACCAUACCCACAAUUUGAUUUCCCUUAACCUCACUGGUCAUGGGAUUUUUGGUCAACUUGGACCAGAAAUAGGAAACCUUUAUCACUUGCAGACCCUUUUGUUGUUGAGUAAUGGUUUCUCAGGAAAAGUUCCUUUAGAGUUAAGCAACUGUAGUUUUCUGGAGUAUUUAGACCUUUCUGGGAACAGAUUCAGUGGAAAAAUACCAUAUAGCUUGAAAAAGUUGCAAAAUUUACAGUUUAUGAGAUUGUCUUCCAAUCUGCUGACUGGUGAAAUUCCAGAUUCCUUGUUUGAAAUUCCUUCCCUUGAAGAAGUGAGCCUGCAUAGUAACCUUCUUAGUGGCCUUAUCCCAAAUAAUAUUGGAAACUUGACUCAAUUGUUGAGGUUGUAUCUGUAUGCUAAUCAGUUGUCAGGGACUAUUCCUUCUUCCAUUGGUAAUUGCAGUAAAUUGGAGGACCUUGAACUGUCUUUCAACCGUUUGAGAGGUGAAAUUCCAGUAAGUAUUUGGAGAAUUCAAAGUCUUGUGCAUAUCUUGGUUCACAACAACAGUCUUUCUGGGGAACUAUCUUUGGAGAUGACAAAGCUCAAGUAUCUGAAAAAUAUCUCUUUGUUUGACAAUCAAUUCUCAGGAGUGAUACCUCAAAGCUUGGGAAUCAACAGUAGCUUAGUGAAGUUGGAUUGUAUGAAUAAUAAGUUCACUGGUAAUAUCCCUUCAAAUCUUUGCUUUGGAAAGAAAUUGAGUGAACUCAAUAUAGGAAGCAAUCAACUUCAAGGUGGCAUACCUUCUGAUGUAGGAAGAUGUGCAACUUUGAGGAGGUUGAUUCUCAGUGAAAAUAAUUUAACUGGGUCUCUUCCUGAUUUUGAAAGUAGUAUGAACUUCAAAUACAUGGACUUGAGCAAGAACAAUAUUAGUGGAUCGAUUCCAUCAAGUUUGGGAAAUUGCACAAAUAUAACAUACAUAAAUUUGUCAUUGAACAAAUUUGCAGGGCUCAUACCAUCAGAGCUUGGAAACCUGUUGAAUCUUGAGAUUUUGGAUCUUGCUCACAACAAAUUUGAAGGUCCUUUGCCUCAUCAGCUGUCAAAUUGUACUAAAAUGGACCGUUUUGAUGUUGGAUUCAAUUUUCUAAAUGGUUCAUUGCCAUCGAGUUUGAGAAGUUGGACGGGCAUAACCACAUUGAUUUUAAGAGAAAAUAACUUCACAGGGGGUAUCCCAGGAUUUUUAGCAGAAUUUAGCAACCUUCGCGAGUUACAACUUGGUGGAAACUCGCUUGGAAGCAAAAUUCCUCAAUCAAUUGGGAAAUUGCAUAAUCUGUUUUAUGGAUUGAAUCUGAGUGCCAAUGGAUUGACAGGUGAAAUUCCUACAGAAAUUGGGAAGCUAGUACAGUUGCAAAGUCUGGACAUAUCCUUGAACAAUUUGACAGGAAGCAUAGAUGCUCUUGAAGGUCUUGUUUCAUUAAUUGAGGUAAAUGUUUCUUACAAUUUCUUCAAUGGUUCUGUACCAACAGGUCUUAUGAAGUUAUUGAAUUCCUCACCAUCAUCAUUCAUGGGUAAUCCUCUCCUAUGUGUUAGUUGUUUGAAUUGCAUUAAAACUAGUUAUGUAAAUGUAUGUGUCUACAAAUCAACUGAUCACAAAGGCAGCAGUAAAGUACAAAUUGUGAUGAUAGAACUUGGAUCUUCAAUAUUUAUUUCUGCUGUGCUGGUAAUAAUAAUUCGAAUUUAUCUCCUUAAAAGGUCUAAGCAGGAAUUCAAGAUGUCAUGUUCCCCAUUGGUCAUGGUGUUGAAGGUUAUGGCCAAACUAUAUGAUUGUUUUAUUAGUGAAAGAGGAAAUGUUGUGUAUAAAACCCAGUCGGGUCUAGAAUCCGAAAGGGCUUCCGAUUUUAAGCAAUGGUCUUCUAUUGUAAAAGGAGCUGGAAGGAUUGGAGUCACAUAUGCUCGUGAGUUCAAUAUCUUAGGUAAAGAGAAGAGGCCUACCCUUAAGGAUCUAGUUUUGCAGGCUACUGAGAACCUAAAUCAUCAGUUUAUUAUUGGCAGAGGAGCACAUGGUAUUGUGUACAAAGCCAUCAUCGGUCAGCAGGUUUUUGCUGCGAAGAAGAUUGAAUUUGGAUGGAAGAAGGAAAAGCGGCUAAGUCUCAUGUGCAAUGAAAUUGAAAUCCUCGGAAUGUUUAAGCAUCGAAAUUUGAUCAAAUAUGCAGACUACUGGUUUGGAAAGGAAUAUGGUUUAGUCUUAUAUGAAUUCAUGGAAAAUGGAAGCCUUUAUGAUAUCUUGCAUGAAAAGAAACCCCCACCACGCUUAACGUGGAAUGUUCGGUUUAAGCUAGCUGUUGGAAUUGCUCAAGGACUAGCUUAUCUGCAUUAUGAUUGUGUUCCACGAAUCGUGCACCGAGACAUCAAACCAAAGAACAUACUUGUUGAUAGCAAUAUGGAGCCUAUUAUAGCUGAUUUUGGCACUGCUCUAUGCAAGAAGUUGUUUGAGGAUUCUUAUAGUCACUCUAAUACCAGAAAAAGGCUUUCGUCGCACGUUGUUGGCACCCCUGGCUAUAUUGCACCGGAGAAUGCAUAUGAUAUAGUGCCGGGAAGAAAGUCAGAUGUAUAUAGCUACGGAGUUAUUUUGCUCGAGCUAAUAACUAGAAAGAAAUUGUUAGUUCCCUCUUUGAAUAAUGAGGCAGAGGAGACCCACUUAGUGACUUGGGCUAGAUCUGCAUUACUGGAAACAGGUGAGAUUGAGAAGAUUGCUGAUCCAUACCUUGCAAAUGCAUUUCCCUAUUCAGUAGUACUAGCCACACAAGUCACUGAAAUGCUUUCAUUGGCAUUAAAAUGCACAGAUAAGGAUCCACGAAUGCGGCCGACCAUGAAAGGUGUUAUUCGAUUUUAUAAUAGUAACUUGUUUAAGCAGAGGUGUGACGAGGUGGAAUAUGGUGAUGGAUUUGCAGUUAAACUGAUGGGAAAUGCUAAGAUUCAUGUUGAAAAGAUUGCAGGUGUAGCUGAUCUAAUUGUUCCAAAAAUUGUCUAUGCUAGUCCUAGUUUGAUCUUCCUUCCCUCUGUUACUGGUCCAAUACUUACCAAACCUUUCAACUGGUUUUUCCUCACACUUUGGGGUCAAUAUGGGCAUCUGCAGAAUUCCUUGUAUUCGCAGCCCAAAUUAUACUACUCUAUAAACACCAACCAAACUCAAUCGGUUAAGAGUCUCACAUUGGAUGAAAUACGACUUGAAAAUGUGUUUAUAAGUGGUGGACAAUCAUCAUCUUACAAAUCGAUUUUGUAAGGGUUGAAUUAGGCCAUUCUCCAAAUCUAAGAGAGGCAAUAUUGUGAAUAGCAGUGCGACAAAAGAAGAAAGAGAGAUGUUUCAGCUUAUAUUCCUACUAAUGUAAUUUCCAUUACAGAGCAAAAUCAAUUGGCAAGAGGACAACGAUAGCCCGAGUUGCUGAAACAAUCCCAAUCAUCCCCUCUCACCGUGGAAGAACAGAUAGUAACUAUUUAUACUGAAACGAAUGGUUAUCUUGAUUCAUUAGAAAUUGAAAUUUCUCGUUGAGUUAAGGGUGUAUUUAAAAAUGAAUAAACUUAAAUUCAAUGAAAUAAUAUCUUUUAUCAAGACAUUCACUGGAGAA